AUGCAAUGCAUUGGAUGCGUUCUUUGCUUUCUGUUCCUCGCAUCCCCGCUUCUCGCCAUCUUUAGGCUGGUUUUUCCCACAGACCGGAAGGCGCGGGAAAUUGCUUUCUAUCACCACAAAACUCUUCCUUUUUUUUUGUUAUUCGAUUUAAAUAUCUCUUUGGGUUUAGAGCGUAAGAAGAGAUUCGUACAUUCCCACACACAUGCGCACACAGCCAUCUAUCUAUCUAUCUAUCUAUCUAUCUAUCUAUCUAUCUAUCUAUCUCAAUCUGUCCAUAUCUAUCUAUCAAUCUCCGUCCAUAUCUCCCUCUGUCUCUCUCUGUCUAUCUAUCUAUCUAUCUAUCUAUCUAUCUAUCUCAGUCUGUUCACAUCUAUCUAUCUAACUUUCUUCAAAUCCUCCCUCCCUCUCUUGAUCUAUCUAUCUAUCUAUCUAUCUAUCUAUCUAUCUAUCUCUGUUCACAUCUAUCUAUCUAACUUUCUUCAAAUCCUCCCUCCCUCUCUUGAUCUAUCUAUCUAUCUAUCUAUCUAUCUAUCUCAAUCUGUCCAUGUCUAUCUAUCAAUCUCCGUCCAUAUCUCCCUUUAUCUAUCUAUCUAUCUAUCUAUCUAUCUUCAAACCUCUCUCUCUCUCUCUCUCUCUCUCUUGAUCUAUCUAUCUAGCUCUCUAUCUCAAUCUGCGCAUGUCUAUCUAUCAAUCUCCGCCCAUAUCUCCUUUUAUCUAUCUAUCUAUCUAUCUAUCUAUCUAUCUAUCUAUCUAUCUAUCUUCAAAUCUCUCUCUCUCUCUCUCUCUCUCUCUCUCUUGAUCUAUCUAUCUAUCUAUCUAUGUUCAUAUCACUCUCUAUCUAUAUUUGUUCACAUCACUUUCUCUCUCUUUCUGUUUAUCGCAGUCUAUCUGUCCGUCUAUCUAUCUAGUUAUAUGUCUCGUUCAACGUCAUACGACAAGACCAGAGCGUCUAUAAAAAUCGUCAAUCCUUUGGCCCUGGUUCGACCCGGGAGAAAAAUUACUAUUUUAGACGACGACGCCACCAGAGCACAUACUUCCCCCUCCCUCCCUACCCUCGGUGAGUACAAUACCGUGUUCUUUUUUUAG